GUGUACUGUGGGAGACCAGAUAUAGUGAAUGCAGGGUCCGAGGAGACCAGAUAUAUUGAAUGCAGGGUCCGAGGAGACCAGAUAUAGUGAAUGCAGGGUCCGAGGAGACCAGAUAUAGUGAAUUCGGGGUUCCGGGGAGACCAGAUAUAGUGAAUGUAGGGUCCGGGGAGACCAGAUAUAGUGAAUGCAGGGUCCUGGGGAGAUCAGAUAUAGUGAAUGCAGGGUCCUGGGAGACCAGAUAUAGUGAAUGCAGGGUCCGGGGAGAUCAGAUAUAGUGAAUGCAGGGUCCGGGGAGACCGGAUAUAGUGAAUGCAGGGUCCUUGGGAGAUCAGAUAUAGUGAAUGCAGGGUCCGGGGAGAUCAGAUAUAGUGAAUGCAGGGUCCGGGGAGACCAGAUAUAGUGAAUGCAGGGGUCCGGGGAGACCAGAUAUAGUGAAUGCAGGGUCCGGGGGGAGACCAGAUAUAGUGAAUGCGGGGUCCGGGGAGA